CUUGGCGCUAAUCCUCACAAAAAUUAACAUUCAACGCGUAUUCUUUGAAUAUAUAUCCGACGAUCAAGGCUAUCAGAAAAAAAAUAUGUUACGGAUAUUUGUAAUAGUUAUCAUUGCGAAUGCAGCGAUGGCACAGGUGCCAUUUUUGGGUACGUGUCCAAACUUGGAAGCUAUGCAAAAUUUCGAGCUUGAAAGAUAUUUGGGCAAAUGGUACGAAGUUGAGAGAUACUUUGCGUGGUUUGAGUUUGGUGGAAAAUGUGUGACAGCUAAUUACACUCUGAAUGAAAAUGCUUCGGUACAAAUCCUCAAUAAACAAAUUUCUUCGUUAACUGGAGUUGCAACGAGUAUCGAGGGCAUUGCAAGGUUAAUUGGUAGAUCCGAUGAUCCUAAAUUGACCGUCACUUUUCCAUCCUUGCCACUGCCGUUCGAUGCACCUUAUUGGGUUCUAGAUACGGACUACAAAUCAUAUGCCGUAGUAUGGAGCUGUACAAAUCUCGGAGUGUUUAAUGUACGAAACGUUUGGAUUUUGACACGAGAACCAAAACCGUCAGUUGCAGUUGUAGAAAAGGCUUAUCAAGUUAUCGAUAAGAACAACAUCAGCAGAGCAUACUUUAUUCGUACAGAUCAAAAAAAUUGUCCGGCCACGAAUUAAAAACAUUCUCUACAUGAAUUUCUACAGAAAUAUGCUCGAAAAAAAAUGUAUUUUUUGCGAUAUAGUUUUAUACAUGACUCCUUUUAAAUUGCGAA